AUGUCUCCACCCAUGUUUGAUGGCGAGAAUUAUCAGGUCUGGUCUGUCAAGAUGAAGGUAUUCUUGAAAGGAUCAGAUUUGUGGGAAGCUGUUGAGGAGGAUUAUGAGAUUCCUCCAUUGACAGGAAAUCCGACACUCAAUCAGAUCAGAAGCCAUAAGGAGAAGGUGACGAGGAAGGCCAAGGCGAUGUCUUGCAUUUUCUCGGCAGUUUCUCCUUCCGUUUUCACGAAGAUUAUGAAUUUGGAAUCAGCAAAGGCCAUGUGGGAUUUGUUGCAAAAGGAGUUUGAAGGUGAUGAUAAGAUCCGAGGUAUGAAAGUGUUGAAUUUGAUGAGAGAUUUUGAAAGACAACAGAUGAAACCAUCAGAGUCUAUCAAGGAAUAUGUUGAUCGUCUUGUUGAGAUUGUCAAUAAGAUUCGAAUCCUGGGAACAGAUAUCACUGAUCAGAGAAUUGUGCAGAAGAUCAUGGUCUCUGUUCCUGAAAGAUUUGAAGCUACAUUGGCUUCUCUGGAGAAUACAAAGGAGAUGGCGAAUCUGAAGCUUGCAGAACUGCUGAGUUCUCUUCAAGCUCAGGAACAAAGACGGAUAAUGCGAAAGGAAGAAUCGACAGAAGGGGCUUUGAAGGCAAAAGCCAAGUUUUCAGGUGCUGAUAAGGGGAAGAAAUCUGGUUGGAAGCACAAAGUAGAGGGAAGUAGUCAGCAUUCUGGUCAAGAAUCUGGUGAAAACCGAGGUUAUCCUGAUCCUUGCAAGCACUGUAACAAGAAAGGACAUCCUCAUUGGAGGUGUUGGAAGAAUUUAAAGUGCAGAAGGUGUGACAAACUUGGUCACAUUGAAAAAUUCUGUAAGUCAAAAAUGGCACAGCAAACAGAGGUGGUGAAUGCUGAUGCAAAGGAGGUAGAGCAGAUGUUCGUGGCUUCAUGCUUUGUCUCCAAGAGUGAAGAUGAUAAUUGGUUGAUCGACAGUGGUUGUACAAACCACAUGACAGAAAUAUUGAAGAAGUUCAAGUUUGAUGGCUGUAAGAGUGUGAGAACACCCAUGAACAUGAAGGAGAAGUUAGUGCUUGACGAAACAGAAGAAGAGGUUGAUGAAAGGAACUAUCGAAGCUUGGUUGGAUGUCUGAUGUACUUAACAGCAUCUAGACCAGAUGUGUUGUUUGCUGUUAAUGUACUUUCGAGUCGGAUUUUGAAACCGAUUUGGUUGGGUUUGCUGAUAGUGAUUGGGCUGGUUCAACUCAAGACAUGA